UGGUUCUCUGGGGAGGCUUGGUGAGCAGGAGGUUGGGAGCCACCCCGUCAGGACCUUGGAACUAUUGUUCCGGCAAAGGGCACCUGCCCUCCAAUCCUCACCCUGCCCUGGGGAGACAGCUGGGACCAUCCUGGGAUGGGAACACACCUGCCACCUCCCUUCGGGCAAUAAGGCUUAAAGUCAGAGAACAGGGCCAGGGGCAGGGUGUGGCCACCUCGGGCUUGGGAGGGACAUGGAGUCUUUUACAGCAGGGAUCAAAUCCUCCCUUGAUUUAAGCCCAGGCAGCCUGUACGGAGCUGAUACCUUGGUGUCCCAGCCUUGCUCCAGGUCCGGCCUCCUGAGGGUCCCGGCCCUCCGCCCCACUGCACAGGAUGCAGGGCGGCUGGGUGCUGCUGCUGCUGGGCCUGCGGCUGCCGCUCUCCCUUGGCUUCAUCCCAGUUGAGGAGGAAGACCCAGCCUUCUGGAACCGCCAGGCAGCCCAGGCCCUGGAUGUUGCCAAGAAGCUGCAACCCAUCCAGACGGCGGCCAAGAACCUCAUUCUCUUUCUGGGGGAUGGGAUGGGGGUGUCCACGGUGACAGCCACUCGGAUCCUAAAGGGGCAGAUGAAUGGCAAGCUGGGACCUGAGACGCCCCUGGCCAUGGACCGAUUCCCGUACCUGGCUCUGUCCAAGACAUACAACGUGGACAGACAGGUGCCAGACAGCGCAGGCACCACUACCGCCUACCUCUGCGGGGUCAAGACCAAUAUGAAGGUGAUCGGGGUAAGCGCGGCCGCCCGCUAUGACCAGUGCAACACGACCCAGGGCAAUGAGGUCAUCUCCGUGAUGAACCGGGCCAAGAAAGCAGGGAAGUCGGUGGGAGUGGUGACCACCACGAGCGUGCAGGAUGCUUCCCCAGCUGGAGCCUACGCGCACACGGUGAACCGGGGCUGGUUCUCCGAUGCCAACAUGCCUGCGGAGGCGAAGAAGAACGGCUGCCAGGACAUCUCCACGCAGCUCGUCUACAACAUGGACAUCGAUGUGAUCCUGGGUGGAGGCCGCAAGUACAUGUUUCCUGAGGAGACUCCGGACCCUGAAUACCCAGACAAUCCAAGACAGAACGGAGUUCGGAAGGACAAGCGGAACCUGGUACAGGAGUGGCAGGCCAAGCACCAGGGAGCCCGGUAUGUGUGGAACCGCACGGCGCUCAUUCAGGCGUCCCAGGACCCCAGCCUAACACACCUCAUGGGCCUUUUUGAGCCGGGAGACAUGAAGUAUGAAAAGGAACGAGACCUCAGCAGGGACCCCUCCCUGGUGGAGAUGACGGAGGUGGCCCUGCGCCUGCUGAGCAGGAACCCCCGUGGCUUCUUCCUCUUCGUGGAGGGAGGCCGCAUUGACCACGGACACCAUGAGAACAUCGCUUAUAGGGCGCUGAUCGAGGCCGUCAUGUUUGACACCGCCAUCGACAAGGCUGGCCAGCUCACUAGCGAAGAGGACACACUGACCCUGGUCACGGCCGACCACUCUCAUGUCUUCACCUAUGGUGGCUACCCGCUGCGUGGAAGCUCCGUUUUUGGGCUGGCUGAUGGCAAGGCCUUUGAUGGCAAAGCCUACACCUCCAUCCUUUAUGGCAAUGGCCCGGGAUACAAGCUCAGCGAAGGCGCAAGGCCUGAUGUUGAUGACACCAAGAGCAGGGACCCCGCAUACGUGCAGCAGGCGGCCGUGCCCCUGGGUGCCGAGACCCACGGCGGCGAGGACGUGGCGGUGUUCGCGCGCGGCCCCUGGGCGCACCUGGUGCACGGCGUGCAGGAGCAGAGCUUCGUGGCGCACGUGAUGGCCUUCGCCGCCUGCCUGGAGCCCUACACCAGCGAUUGCGACUUGCCGCCCCCCUCUGGCCCCACUGCCGCAGGGCACCCCGGGCCGGCCGCCUGCACCCCGCUGCUGGCGCUGCUGGUGGGGACGCUGCUGCUGCUGCUGCUGGCGCCCGCCCUGCACUGACCCCAGCCACCCCCCCACCACGGGUCUUUCUUCCCUGCCUGGAAGUCUCAAUGCACCUGGACCACCCUGGAGGCUGAAGCUGUGACUGUCUUGUGAUACACAUGGACUUUUUCCAAGCACCCAAUCUUGAUGGCCUGGGAUUUUGUUCUCAGGGACUCCAGAAAAAGAGGGGCCCCCUAGUGUCUUCCUGCCUCCAUCAUAGUCCUGCUUGAGUUUCAAGGACCUGAGCAGACCUGGGGCCAUGUUUUCCAGGAGUCCAGAGGACAUGGGGGUGCCUGAGGGGCUUCUUGGAGGGCGGGGCUUCCUGUCCACCAGGAAGGGACUCCAGAAGCACCUUGCUGGCCAGGGAGGCUGCUGGGGUCAGGACACCCAGGAGGCCUCAGCUCCACCCCCCCACCCCACCCCCGCCCCAGGAACCCAGAGUGACCAUUCCAGAGAGGAGAUGGUGACACAGAAAGAGGAGACCUGUCCCAACUCCCUCAGCCGCUAUGGUGGUGGCCCCCCAGUGCCCACUUCAGUCUGGGAGAGCCAGGGAGGCUGAGGGUCCCUUCUGGGUGGGACUGAGCAGUUGUCAAAUAAAUGGUUGUACA